AUGGACAAGUGGAUGGAACUUGGGCGUGAGAUGGGAUUAGGUGGUGAGGAUCUGAUGAGUUUUGUGAGAGAGAGGGAGAAAUUUGCGAGGGAUGAACGUGCACAGCUUAUGGAGUUGAGGAAGCACGAAAAGGAUAUAUUAGAAUUACGGUUGCAAGCGAAAAGAGAGCAUGGGGAAAUUGCGGUUGGUGAAAGAGACUCGGGGUAUGCUAAUGCACCAAAGUUACCCUUGUUCAAUGAGGAUAAGGAUGACUUGGAUGCAUGGGUUCAAAGGUUUGAGAGGUAUGCAUUGGCAAUAGGAUGGAAGCGUAGAGACUGGGCAAUAAAUUUGAGUACCCUUCUUACCGGUAAAGCACUGGACACGUACUCGCGUUUGGCAGUACAGUCGGCAAGCGAUUAUGAUGCACUAAAGUUGGCUUUGUUUAAGCAGUAUAAUUUAACCGAAGAUGGUUUUCGCAAAAAAUUCCGAGGUGCGAAACCUGAUGAAACAGAGACGGCAACUCAGUUUGCUGCACGAAUAGAAAACUAUUUUGAUCGAUUGAUUGCUGACAUAGCCAAACUAGCUGAACAGUUUGUAGAGGCCCGUGGUACAAAGUUUGGGCAGGUAAAUAGACGAGUUAAUUGUAAUGAAAAGAAACCCUCUCAGGGCAAAGCUGUUAACUCCAGCUCUCCCACUCGUCAACGAAAAACCAGUCAAGGCGAUGGUUGUUUUGUCUGUGGUAAAAAGGGACAUUUUGCACGGGACUGUCGACAAAGAGUAACUAAAACAGUUAAGGCAUCAUGUCUCAUUGUAAGGGAACCAAAUAGGUCCAAACAAGCAGCAGUGUCUACCAACAUAUCUGAGAAUGAUAUUGUGACCUGCCGGCUUCCAGAAAGCGUGAAUGAAAUGAAUGAAUGCUGUCUGCAACAGGAUCAUGUGACAUUGCAUUGUGGCCAUCAACUCCCUGUUAUGAGUGCAGCGUGCCGGGGACAGAUGCCACCGAAAAUGCCGGUAGCGGUAGGUUGUGUUGGUGGUGUUGAAGUUUCAGUUCUAAGAGAUAGUGGAUGUAGUGGUAUAGUGGUAAGGCGAGCCCUUGUUUCUGAUGACCAGCUAACUGGAGAGUUUAGAGUCUGUGUUCUUGUAGAUGGUACAGCAAGGAAGAUUCCAGUGGCUCGGAUAGAGGUGGAUACUCCGUAUCUCAUAGGUAUGGUGGACGCCCUGUGUAUGAAGAGUCCUGUAUAUGACCUUAUCCUUGGAAAUGUACCAGGAGUUCGUGACCCAUCUGACCCCGACUUAAAUUGGAAUGGUGGUUCGCAUUUAGAUGUGCAGUCUGGAGACUGCAGUGAGCCAGUAAAAGAGAUGAUAUUGGGGGUACAGACGAGAGCCCAAAAGAUGUUGGAGCGUAAACCUACACGAGGCUUAAAGGUACCAAACAGUCCCAUAGAGAUGGUAACAGUCGCCGAAUUACAGAAAGAACAGAAAACUGAUGUAACUUUGAAGCGCUGUUGGGAACUGCUGAAUGAAGGUAGUAAACUGCUUGCAAGGAAUGGUAAUGAAUCAGAGUUUGUUCAACAAAAGGGAAUUCUGUACCGGAAUUUCAAAUCGCCACACAUCAAGAAUGGUGAUGGUUUCCACCAGGUGGUCGUGCCAUUGACAUUUCGGCACCAAGUAAUGAAGCUAGCACACGAGUCAAUACUCGGGGGACACCAAGGGACCGAGAAGACGGUGGACAAGAUUAUCGCACAUUUCUACUGGCCGGGUAUUCAAUCAGACAUUCGGAGAUUUGUUCGAUCCUGUGAUGCAUGUCAGCGAACGUUCUACAAAGGUAAAUCCCUCAGAGUACCCUUAGGCACAAUGCCAUUGAUUGAUACCCCCUUUCAACGGGUAGCAGUAGAUCUGAUUGGGCCAAUAUUUCCAGCUACGGAGAGAGGUAAUCGUUACAUUCUCACUCUUGUUGAUUACGCAACUCGAUAUCCUGAGGCAGUGGCGCUGAAGAACAUUGAAACUGUUACUGUAGCAGAGGCACUCGUGGACAUGUACAGUCGUAUAGGUGUUCCACGAGAAGUAUUAUCUGAUCAAGGUUCACAGUUUACAUCAACACUUAUGAAGGAAGUUAGUAGAUUACUGUCUAUCAAGGGAUUGACAACCACACCAUAUCAUCCUUCUUGUAAUGGGUUGGUUGAACGUUUCAAUGGUACCCUGAAACAAAUGCUCAGACGGAUGUGUGGAGAAAGACCCAAAGAUUGGGACCGGUAUCUAGCCGCCCUGUUAUUGGCUUAUAGGGAAGUGCCACAGGCAAGUACUGGAUUUUCACCAUUCGAGCUAAUUUAUGGGAGAACCGUGAGGGGACCAAUGUCAAUACUUAAAGAACUAUGGACCAAUCAAGUGGAUGAAGCGGAAGUGCGUACUGUGUAUCAAUACGUACUUGAUCUCAAGAGAGACUGGAGACCACGU